UCUCACUUCACUUGCCUGCUGAACAUUAUUGCGGGUCGAUUCGAGGUACUUUGCUGCUUCACAGAGUUGAGGAGUUUCUAGCACGUGACAAAGAGGGCGCUGCAACAAUGAGUAAACACUGUCUGAGAAAGCACAAUGUCUCCAACAACGACAGCGUCGUCGACCAGCACAAAAGGACUUACUUCCCAAGCUCUUCUCACAACUAGUCUCUAUCGAUCAUCCACCAGUGUCCAGAAGAGACGUCCAUCUCGCAGCAACUCCUUAGCAACGAGCCCACAUCUACAUCAGCUCAGUCUCAGCAAACACACCACCAACAACCGCAGCCAUGGUACGCUACUGCCUCCCCUCCUUCCCCCACCUCCCUCAGCUCUCCUACCUCUUCUCCUACACUUGUCCUGCACCUCCCCUGUCCUCCCCAAAGCCGCAGCCCUGCAAUCCCACAGCAGCCCCCUACACCUCCUGGCGCCUACCCAUCUGCCCCCAGAAAUGCGACGGCAUGGGCCCCCAUCUGCCAGCAGGCAUCGAAACGCGUGUGAAUGGGCACCUAGUCUCUGAGCCCGCAGUGAAGGAGAUUUCGUCGCCCGUCGCCGAGGACGUGAAGCGGAACCUCGUAGAUGUGAUCGACGCGGCGAAACAACAUGGUAAGACAGCCAAGGCCGGCGCCUGCGGGUCUGCCCGCCGCUUCCCCGUUGUCCCCGCGCAACGCGCAGUCGACAGCGUACACGGUGAGCGAACGCCCAAUCUAACGAGCCUGCUCAGCGACGCCGGCGACGAUGCCGAUGAUGAUUAUGCAUAUGAAGAUGGACACUCACUCCAGCCAUCCGCCGCGCACACGCCGGAGCGCAAACCACCGCACUCCAUCAACGCCAAGCGACUGACAGCAGACUGGCUCGCCACGCUGCCGUCGCUGCACGCGGAUGCGGACUCGGACGACGAUACGAUGCUUAUGGCUCUGUACCUCGUCGACGACGAUGCGCAGCGCGAGUUCUGCGCCGCAGACGAGCCGCGUUGUGACCGCAAUGUGAGCCUUGUAGACGCGCCCGAUGCUGGUGCUAGCGCGGUAGCGUCCGACGAGGCUGGGUAUGAGCUCGAUACGACAGACGCUGAGCCUGUAGAUGCAGGUCCGACGCCGCGCCGGGCGGUUCCUGCGCGCGGCCGAGUGGACAUGCAGCAAGCGAUGGAUAUCUGGUGCGAGAUCGCGGCGUGCGCCAGCGUAGUCGUGGACGGAGCGGGGGAGCUGGGUGUGAGCGGCGACGUCGAUGGGGAGGGUGGGCGGAGUAAAACGGAGCGGCCGCUGAGCCAUGUAUUCCCUUUCUCUACGUAAAUCAAAGUAAGCCGGGG